AGUUUCAUAUUGAUGUAUACUCAGAGGUGCGCCACGCUAGGUCUGCCUUCUCAACCUGUCCAAAUACUGCCUGUAGUUCAGUUUAACAAAAUAAAAUACAGACGUGCUCUCUUUUUCCGUGGCGGGAUAUUACUCGAAACUACUUUUUGGAACAGACGUGAAAGUUCCUGAGCGCACAAGAGCGAGAGAAAAAGAUGGGUCAUUCUCAAGUUGUCAUUUUGUUGAUGGGCGUCUGUCAACUGUCCAUCAUACACGGCCAGGAUUGUCCGAGCAGACAGGAGCUGCAGAGCUCUCUUCGCCAGGUCCACAAGCUGCUGACGGCCCACGAGACCUCCUACAUGCAGAGCCUCCGCACGCUCCGCAAGAAGCUCAGCCUGCUGCAGACCAGCGCCGCACGCCUGCCCGCCCUCAAACCCAACAAUGUGACUUGUCCAAAGUUAGAAGCACCUGCCAAUGGCAAGAAGAUGGGCAAGAUUCUGGUUCCGGGUCAUGAGAUCCAUUUCCUGUGUGACCCUGGCUUUGAGCUCGUGGGCUCUGAGACUCGCCAGUGUAAGGAGACUUUGGUCUGGAGUGGACAGCAGCCAGUCUGCAAAGACAUAAACGAGUGUUCCUCCUCUCCGUGCUUGAACGGGGGCACCUGUGAGAACGAGGUGAAUGGGUUUGCCUGCACCUGUGCUAAAGGAUGGGCCGGAGCCACCUGCCAGUCCCCUGUGCCAACCUUUUUCAUCACCAUAACCAACACCUCAGCAGCCACGUCAGUGGGAGCAGCAGGAGCGGCAGGGGGAACGGUGGGGGCAGCAGCAGCAGGAGCCUCCGUGCCCCCUCCAGCCACCAGCAGCCCCCCCAUGGUGCGGCCCUCCCACUGCACCCAGACACAGGGCACAACCCACUGCACCUGCGACCCAGGGUACACCAUCUCCGGACGGGACACCAGCGUCUGCACUGACAUUGACGAGUGUGAGCUCUUCCACAUGGGCCAGGCUGGCCGCUUGUGCGUGCACACCUGCCUGAACACACCCGGAGGCUACCGCUGCGCCUGCCCGGCCGGCUACAACCUGACCCGCGAUGGACGCAACUGCAAAGAUAUUGACGAGUGUUCCAACAGACAGCAUAACUGUGAGAAAGACCAGCUCUGCAUCAACACCUACGGAGGCUUCCAAUGUGUCAAGGUGGAGUGUCCUCGCAUCCGAAACGCCACAUACGUCAAGACAACACCUCUACGCUGCGAGAGGAACCCGUGUGCCCUGGACAACCGCGCGUGCUCCCAGGCCCCCAACUCCGUCUCCUACCACUACCUGGCGGUGGUGUCCAACUUGUCUGCGCCGCGCGUCAUGUUCCGCGUCUCGGCCAUGCGCAUGAUCGGGGACACGCUGCGCUUCUCGCUGCUGGGUGGCAGCCGAGCGCGCCGCCACUUCACCGUGCAACGCUCGGACCGGCAGACGGGCCAGCUGAUGCUGGUGAGCCCCGUGGCCGGUCCCGCCACGCUGGAGGCCGAGGUGGAGAUGAGCGAGCUGGAGAAGAGGGUGCUGCUGGGGAGAUACAUCACCAAGGUUACCAUAUUCGUCUCCCCCUAUGACUUCUAGACUGCAGUAGCUAGGAAGUGGAGACAUGUUCUCUAGACUGGUGGCUCUAGAGGGGGAGAUGUGGGGUUUGAGUAGAGAGGGGGUUAAGGUUUAAAAGGAAAAAAACAUAUAUAAAAUAAAACAUCAUGGCGUUCAUCAUGUCUUCAUGUGGCAUAAAAGUCAAACAUUUUCUUUUUUUAAAGUCAGAUAUGUAAAAGUUGAUUCUUUUACCUGAUAUGUUUCGACAUGGUCUUCCUCAUAGGUUGACCAGUCUGAGUUAAAAGAAAAUCAGUGAUGGUGUUGAAAAGAUGUUCUACAUUUUAGAAGCGUGGGAUUUUGUUGUUAUACAUAUAUAAAAAAAAUCUACCUAUGAGGUACUAGACAAAUGCAAAGCCAAGCUAAGUCUAUAACAUUCUAGAACAAGGCAAAACAACACAUUAUGGCUUUUAAGCUAACUUUUUCUUUAUGUUGCUCUCAGAGGAAACAAUGUAUACUUUGCACUGGUUUGGGAGGUAGGUAUGUUUUAGCCUGACAGGCCAGAUCAUUCAUUUUGAAUUACUUCGUAAUCCACGAAUGGUCUGAUUACGCUUCUCUGGGGAGGGUUUUCAGUCAUCUACCAGACGGCCGGUGUUACCGGCCAAUAUGCAAACGCACUUGGGAGCAUAAUAACAUGCGCCAUGAUCGUCAACUGUCAACGAUUGGUCAGAGCUCAUUUCAAACCAGAGCUGAGCUCACUCCUCUCACCCAAGUGCUCCAGAGUAUCGAGGAAGACCAAACAUGAAUUACAAAGUAAUUAAUAAUGUGGUCUGGUAAAACCAGGCUAGGUAUGUUUAGCCACAGCAGUUAAAAAGAGCAUGAAAAGCCUUUGCUGUGUGUAUAGCACCUGAAUAGUUGCACAUUCAGAAUAGACUGACUGACUUGUCUAUGGUGAAGAAUGUCCCUCUAACUGCUUGAAAGAUUUGAGUUAUGUUGUGAAGUAUGAAUAUAUUUUCAGACUGGAUUUUAUGUCUACUGUUUGUAUUUAUGUUUGACCAUGUUCAGGUAUAUGAUCUCCGCUCUGCUUCCAUUGUGUUUGGAGAGGGAGACUGAAUUGGCAGAAAUUAUUUGAGUGCCCACUUCACUUGCAUGGGGCCAUUCUGCAGGGUAAAUGGUAUACAAGUGCACAACACAGCCCAAGAUAUUGUACUUACAGUAUAUCACAAUGGCCCGCUCAAAGGCAUUUUUGUGCCGAUGAAAGGUCUAUUUUUAGUAUGAUAUGUGGGUUAGUUGUCAACACCAGCGUUUCAUGGAAGACCAAUA